AUGCCCACCACUUUCCUCUCAACUUUCUUAUCAGUUGCCCUUUGGGCACCUGUUGCGUCGGCCAUUCGAGGGGAGAAAUUCACAUUAUGGUUCCCCACACACGAAUAUCACUGGCUCGAAGUCGCCACGCAGAACUGCUCCCUCCAAAUCAGCGACUACCAUGAGGAUAACCGAGAGAGAACCACCUCGCCAUGUGCCGCCGCUUUGGACUGUCUUCUCGAGAACUCGAGCGAGUCGAUCAAGUCAAACUUGGCCGGGUCCCAGGUCCUUCUGGGUCUGACUCCAAGCAUCCUGGCCUACGUGGGAUCCGACAUGGCUGAGCUGGCUGUGCUGGCCACGCAGCGCCCGUAUCUCGCGCUACUCAUGUCCAUCGGGGCACCGACGCAACAGAUUCGACAACUGCUCUCUUCAGUCGAUGUCGCCGAGAUUAUCAAUAAACCCUCUUCGAGAGCCGCUCGUAUGUACUUCGGGUGGCUUUGGAAUCUGCCCCUCGUUUUUCAAAGGCUGGCGGCUGCUGCCGUGUACGCGCUCGCCAUCGGUGCUAUGAUCAACAGUAUUCAAGGAGCCAUAUAUCUUGAUGCGAGAACGGUUGUCGGAUUCAGGUGCAACGCAGUCUAUCUGGUGCUGGUCUGGGUGUUGCUGGGCAUCACCCCGACCAUAUUUGCCAUCGGGGCUAUCCGACAGCGACAUGGCCUGCCCAACCUCGCGUCGUUUGCUCAGUUCGUCGAGUACGCCGAUGCUAGAACACCACAAGAAGAUAAAGAGGACGGGUUGACGUUGGUACCUUCAUUGGCAGAAUCAACCGAUGAAUCGAGCGGUAAAUGGAUCAGCGAUCUUCUCUUCUUGCUCGCAAGUCUUGCAGCACUUGUACAGUUUGUGUAUGGAACGGCAAUACUCUCAGCGUUGACGCCAAUCUCUUUCAUGGAUGCUUUGCCUGUUGUCAUGCGUUUUGCGGUUAGCAAUGUCGUUUGUCGCGCGAUACUGCUGCUGGAGCUUGAGGGCAUACGGAUCAGGGUACAUGGAAGCCUCAGACUCAUGGAUGAUAAUGCGAAAUUCUGA